AUGACGGACAACAACACAUCACAGCAGUACGCCACCCCUGUCAAAAAGGUCCUGCGAUCACAGACCUGGAACGACUCGGCCUCGCAUAACCUCACCGUCGCGUCGCCUUCCACACCCGCCUCCAAUUCGACCGCAACCGACGGCGGUCAACUCUUCCAGUCCAAACCGCGCCACAUCGACCAAGCUCGUGCUCAGCAGGAUGCACAGCAGGCCUUCGCCCAACACACAUCCGAGUUUGAAGAAUCUCGUGACAAGCUACUGGGCACCAUUGACACCACCAGCACGCUCCUUGCCGACCUGCGCGACUUCAACAAGAACAAGCGCUUGAUCCACUACGCUGCUGCCGAUGACGCCCACAAAGCCAGCUCAUCAAGUCAGUCCCACAAGCGCUCGCACUCCAACUCCCAGCACAGCCUCGAAGAAGCCGACGCCAACCUGCACACUUCUUCGGUCGACAGCGCUCACCGUCCCAUGCCACCCGCUUUCAUGCGCUUGAACACCACGGGUGGUCACGCUAGCUUGCCCAGCACACCAGCUCGUAACGCCCUCACCAAUCAACAGAGUCAGAACGAUGAUGAAUCCGACGAGUCGACAGACAUGUCGGUACUCAAACUUGACCUUCGUGUUGGAUCCGUCGCGGUCAACCCUCAGGCUCUUAUGCGUUCGCUAGAGCGAUCCUCCGUAGCGCAGCUGCUUGACGGCAGGAUGGAGAAGUCCGAGCGCCAUCUUGAGAACCUAAAGCAGCGUCUGUCCGACACGCAGUCCAAGGUGCUCGUCACGGGUGAUCUCAAUGCAGGCAAGUCCACCUUUGUCAAUGCAUUGCUCCGCCGACCCCUCAUGCCCACCGACCAGCAACCCUGCACCACCGUCUUUUGCGAGGUGCUCGACGCUUCCGAACUCAACGGCAACGUCGAAGAAGUUCACAUGCUCAAGCAGGGCGUCAAGUACUCUUCGCAGGACGACUCGACAUUCACACGUCACACACUCGAGGAAGUCGAGCAGAUCGUUGCUGAGGCCGAAGAGGUCUCGCCAGAGGAUGCACCCAUCCUCAAGUGCUACGCUCACGACACUCGCGCCACCCAAGACUCUCUGCUCAAGAACGGCAUCGUCGACAUUGCCCUCAUCGACGCUCCCGGUCUCAACCGCGACAGCCUCAAGACCACCGCUCUAUUCGCUCGUCAGGAGGAGAUCGACGUUGUCGUCUUUGUUGUCAGCGCCGAGAACCAUUUUACCCUUUCCGCCAAGGAGUUCCUGUGGAACGCCUCACACGACAAGGCAUUUGUCUUCAUUGUUGUCAACAAGUUUGAGUCGAUCAAGAACAAGGACAAGUGCCGCAAGCUUGUCCUCGACCAGAUUCGCCAGCUCAGCCCACGCACUUACGAGGAUGCCGCCAGCUUGGUGCACUUUGUCGACUCGCAGGCCGUGUUCGGCGCCGAAAGCGACUCUUCUGCGGCACCCGACACGCCAUCAGAGGAGCUGGGCCGCAAGGUGGAAGGUGGUUCGACGAUCGAGAGUCGCAGCUCGGAAAGCCUGCAGUCCUUUGCUCGUCUUGAAGCGGCGCUGCGGGACUUUGUGCUGCUCAAGCGAGCCAAGUCGAAGCUGUUGCCAUCGAAGACAUACAUGCUACGAUUGCUCUCGGAUAUCAUCUUCCUCGCCAAGAUCAACACGCAGGUAGCACAGAUCGAGCUCGCCGAAGCCACCAAGGCUCUCGAGGUGGCACGACCGGAGCUCGCCAAGUGUCAGGCAUCACAGCAGAAGCUCGAGACGGUCGUUGAGGGCGAAGAGGACGAGGCGGUGACUGCAGUGAUGCAGGAAGCCCAGCGGAAGCUGUCGUCGGCCAUUGACCUUAUUGGCAACGGCAAGCCCGCUAUCGAAGCAGUGCAGCUGCCAGUGUACCCUGGUCUCUUCAACGUGGGGCAGUAUGCACAGGAGGUGCGACACGCGCUCACGUCUUCGCUAGAGCUUGCGCUGCGCUCGGUGGAAGACACUGCUCGCGGCACAGCUUCGCAAGCGGUGGAUCGAGUGCAGAAGCUCGGGCUGGUGCAUCUUCCGGAUAACGACGCCGAGAAGCGACAGAGGAUCUUCAACCCGGAUGUUAUGUUUGCCAAACGACGUGCGAUGCCUGGUCUCGUGGGUCUUGGACUCGGAUCUCAGGUAGUUCAGGUGCAGCCGUCCGACUUCUUUGACGCCUACCACCACUUCACCAUCGUCACUGGCGGCAGUCUGUCACAGGAUCAGAGCGACAAGAAGGACAAGAGCAGCCAUGACGAAUUGAGCUUGGUGUCGUCAUUGUCGCUCGGUCUCGGUGCACUGACAUUGGUGGGCGGCAAGACGCUGGGAGUCAAGUCGGCUGUGGAUACGCUUGUGCGCAUCUCGGAUCUGGUCGGCAAUCCUACGGCUCGCCGAUGGGCCGGACCAGUGUUCGCCGUGGUGUCGACGGGGUUGGUGGUCUACUUCAUUUACGACCUGCCCAACAGCGUACCUCGCAACAUUGGGCGCAGCAUCAAGUCCGGUCUGCAAUCAGGCACAUUGCUUCGAUCCAACGACAGCGCUGCCCUCACUACGUUGGCGCCUUCUGCUUCUUCGUCAUCAGCUCAAGGCGAAGAGGCAUCGUUCACCGCGGUUCACUCGGCCCGGGUGGGACGCGAGACACGAAAGGUGCUCCGUCUUGCCUCGUGGGAUCUGCAAGAACGCUUCCGCGUGGCCAUUGCGCAACGCCGUGCUGAGGUGGAGAAGCAGGAAGCCAAGCAGGCGUCGGCUAACCUUGCGAUUGAUUGGUUUGACAAGACAACGUCGCGCGUGAUUCAGAUCCGAGGCCAGGUGGACGAGGUCAAGGGUCUCGAAGCUUGA